CAGGGAAAGGGUUGUAAUGCUUUAUCGAGGGGAGAGGUUCAGCGUGCUGAGACCAUAGUCUUAAUUCAGAAAAAAUGGAGUUGUGCUGAGCACGGGACUUUUGCUAACUGCAUCCAGUAAACAACAAGAACGACCAUUUGCAGUUAGAGACUCAUUUAUUUGAUGCCUGGGUUGAUGCUAUGGUCUGCACUGAAUCGUCUAGCACCCUGUCCUGCCCACUGCUGAUCGAACCGUUUUUGUCGAUACUCGACAAAAACCGCAAAAAGAGACCACUCCCGCCGGGGUCUUGCCAAGCAAUCAACUCCUGCUCCUAGUCAACCGCAACCGUUACCACCUGCUCCUGUCUUCUGUGAAACGCAUGCACUGAGGAAACCACUACUGCCUACACCUACAAUGUCCGAAAUUUCCCACGGCAAUACCACCCUUGCACUCCCAACCCCUCCUGCGAGUCCUCUGAGUCUCGAGGAUUGUUCUGAUCUCAGUGGCUUGCUGGAAUAUGCUGCAAACAACUCCCAAGACUACCAAGCUUUUGAUGCGGAUGAAAUCAAGCAGCAAAUCAGGCUCUCAGACCUAAGCUUGAUCGACAUUCCCAAAAUGAUACCAAGAGACUUCCCGCUGCUUCUUCUUGGUCACGUACUUCACUUGGUUACCGAACACAAGUACUGGAUGAAGGAUUGACGGGAGAGACGUCGAUCCCAUAAACUCCGUAGAUGGGUAAGUGCAGACCCCCACCUACUCUGCGGCUGAUCUCACAAUUGAGGACACAGUAAGGGCAACUAUCAAGUAUGCGAAAAUACCCCGAUAAGGCGUUUGGAACCAGGAUUUUUUACGCU